AUGCCCAACUCGUCGAACCCCGUGAACGGCAUUUCAAAGCGCACCAAGAAAAAAAGAUCAGAUGAAAGCUCUCCAAGCCCUCUCUACUUUGGAAAGCUUACUGAAGGCCUUGAAUCGGAGAUAGAAGCGUUUCGCCCGGCUUCUAAUGCGCUGUUGAACAUCAGCAAUAUCUUUCACGAAUACCGAUCUGAGGUUGAGGUUUUCGAAAGCAAUUACGGAGCCAUGCAGGCCAAGGAUGACGAGAUCAGAGACCUCAAUGCCGCGAUGCGACUGUGGAAAUCAACCAGAGACGAAGAAGUCGAGAAGCUGAAAAGCGAACUUGACUCGAUGGCAGAGAAACGGGAAAGUCUUCGAGAAGAAAAGCAAGAAUUUGAGAAGAUACGGGACGAGAAGACGGGGGAGCUCCAGCGCAGUCAGAAUCAACUCGCGGAGAAAGAGAAUCGACUUAAAGAUGGGUAUGAGAAAAAAUUAAAGAAAUCCAAAGACGCAUUGAAGGAGGAGACUCGUGAGACGGUAACACAACUUCAAGCAGCAAACGAGAAGAUGACCAAUGAGAUUGCUGUCCUUCAAGCCGAUUUAGCAGGUGCACAUGAAACGAUAACAAACGAGAAAAGAGACUGGUCCAUUGUACGCUCUGCCCUCAACGAAGAGAAUCGAACAUUCCGCUUGGAGCUGGAGUGUGUUAAAAACGACUUCGCCAUCGAAGCCCGUCCAGAUGAUUUUUAUAAGCAAAAGUUUCUGGAGAUCCAAGAGAACGUCAAGGAAACGUCAUCCAGGUUUUUCUCGACACUCCCGCAGAGCCCAGGAUCUAAAAGAAAGACAUUCGAAGGUCGAGGUAUAUCGUGCGAGAUCGCCGAAUUUGCAUUCCUCUCUGAAUCCCAAGUGUCCACAAGCUUAAGACUCUCGGCCGUCGAAUUUCUCAUCGUUGACAGUGUUCGCAAGCUGGUCUGGCAGCCAUUCGCACCUGAGAUCACUCCAGGCGAGACCGCCUCGGCAGCCCUCUUUCAAACGGUAUCGCAGGAGCUCGGCAGCCCUCGGCAGCCGUGCGGAAUCCACCUGGAGAGCACUGACCAUUGCAUGCUUGAGCUUCUUGCUCCGUUCACGGAUGAACCUGACAAUAGCCAUCUCGCCGAAGCACUGACUAAUAUCGUUCGUAAGGCUGUUGAUGUCUGGGACAUUUCUCAAAGAGAUGCUUGCCAGCUCUUGAUUCAAAACGCUCCUGAUCCAGACGAUGAGAGCGGUUGGAUGCGGGAGGACGGAGAUCUGUUUGAAGACCCUUACGAUGGGGAUGUAAGCGCAGCACGGUCCAUGUCCCCCAUCUGCAUUUUCCCCAAAAUAGUUCGGCUUCCAUCACGUGGUGAAACCUCGCAAAUGACGAUUUUUCGAGGACGAGCACUGUUCGAAGACUCUCGCUUGUUGGCGUUGGGAAGAAAGGAGAGCAUAGACCUGCAGAAGAUGAUGAUCGACGCUCACAAACAAUUCGCAUCACAAAAGGGUGGGGAGUCGGGCUUACUGACUAGAUCGGAUCGGAGGUUGUCAAUCGCGGCGCAAGUGACCCGUCCCUAG